GAGCAGCAGUGCGUCUAAACCAUGAUACACGUUACAAGUCGAUCCAAGAAGAAGAAGAAGAAGAAGAAGACGAAGAAGAAGAAGAAAGAAGCGACAGAAGACGACAAUAGCGGAAAAAAAACAACAAUAAUCUAUACAAAGAUGAGGCAGCGAGUCUUCACCGGGGUCGUGACGCAGCUGCAGGACCGCCAUGGUACUGUAGACCGGGAUGUACGCUUCGCAAUGAGUGCUGUAGUAGGCAGAGCGCCCUUGGUUGGCGAGAAGGUGCUGGUGAAGGCGGUGCAGGAUCCUUCGCAGUCUGUCAAGUGGACAGCACAAAGAGUGCAAGUGCUUAAUGGCCAGCCGUUUAAAUCUCCUCCGCCACUUCUGCACUCCACAACACCAAACCUGAUGCCGAGCAUUUUGGGAAACAAGCGUCAACCACUGCUCAAGUCACCUAAAAUACCGCCACUGAUUCCGGGUAUGCAGCCCAAUCCAGGUGGCAUGCUCCAGAUGCCCCAUCAUCAGAAGCUCCCAUGGUCUGCUCCCUGGGGUGGAGGAAGCAGGAAGAGACACAAUGAGGUUGUGGUUGGGCGGAGAGGCCGACACUGGGAGGAAGCAGGUGGCUCUUGGGGAGGUGACAAUGCGAACCAGAAAAGACGGCGAUGGAAAGCCCCGUUUGACGAGGAAGCUUCCAAAAAGAGCACCUCUCACACCAGCACCGGCUCUCCUCUCUUCUCCUUUUUCUCACGAGACAGCACGGCCUGUGAUAAUCUGGAGCUACAGAGGCGAUACCCAAACCUCCAUGCUCCCCUGUCUCUCUUUCAUGUGCAGCUUUGCUGGCCCGAGAGCUUCCCUCCCAGCCAGCCGCUGCCUCUGGCCGGGCCCUGUCAUUUUCACAUAGGCUCGCAACAACCUAAGACAGAAGCGAUUCCAUCUCCAGACUCCACGGACAACUCCCUCUUCUCUGUCAAGGUGCUGUUACUGUCCAUGCCCGACAUUGAGGACUUCUACACACAGUGUUGUAAAUAUACAGAGGACGGGAAGGCGCACGGAGAUGCGGUCCACCCUAUAACACUCUUCAAGUUUCUGUUAAUGGAAAAAGCAGGAGAGCUGCAGCUCCCAGGAGGAUCGUGGUCCAAAGAGGACGGGUCCAAUCCAGCCAAAGACAGCAGCACUGUUAUACGCACUGCGGUGCGCUGUGUGAUGGAGCAGACGGGUCUGGACCUUUCAGCUUGUACGCAGUGGCAUAAAAUGACGGAGUUGAGAUUACUUCCCGGGGAUAAAACGGAGACGGUCGUCAUCUUGAUGCCGGACGUGUGGAACCUGGUGCCGACGCCAGAAGAGUGGGAGAAGUUACAGGAAGAGCGACAGGAAGACGAGUCUCCUCUUCCUGAUGUGCCCUCACUGGUAGUCCAGCCCUCUGCAGGGUUCACGCUGUCUACAGUCUCGCUCUCGUCUUUGUUAGAGCCACGGAUGUCACAGAGCAGAGACGCGUUCGAGGUUGGUUUGGUGAGCGAGCUCUUCAGCGAGAUGCUGCAGAGGGAUUUCGGUCUGCAUCUGUACCACUCCCUCUGCAGCCUGCCUCAGACUCCGACUCCGACUCUUCCUGACUCUGAGAUACAGACCGAGGACGUCAGCUCUGCCCUUGAUGAUGAGGCAAAAAAGACAAGCAAGGACAUCGGAAAGAAAGGAGCGUGCGAUGCCAAGAAAACAACAAACAAAGAAGGGGAUGAGGAAGAGGAAGAGAUCAAGAUGGAGGAUGAACCGGAACAGAGUGAGCACCAGGCAGAGAUUCAGGAAGAACCAGAGAGUCACACAGAGGGUGAAGAAACACUGAGUGCUGAUAUAGAGCUUCCCCGUAGGGUCCUUUUGUCCUUGGUGUUUUUUGACCGUCAGCUCUCCGGCUUCCUGAAAGAAGACGACGUUCAGAAUAUCCUGCUCUCCCUCGGACUUUACCUCACCGCUGCUCAGGCACAGGAUCUGGCCAGAAAGAUGUCUGUGGACGGGAAGUGCAUGUACCGUAAGCUGUGCUCUCGCUGGACCGAUUCAGACGAGGUAGCCUGCGACCUCAGCGCAGAGGGAAAUAAAUCCCUGCUGCCGGGUCUGCCUCGUAAGGAGAAGGGCGCUACACGUCGCUCAUCCAGCAACGCUAACCCGGAUGUGGUAAACUACAAAGGGAGCGUUCUGAACAUUCCCAACCUGCUGCAGCACCUCGAGAGCAGCAAAGCAGCACAGCACGAGAUGGAGAAACGACUCGCUGAACUACAGGCGAUGCUCGAGGCCGCCAAGGCGAGGCCAGAUUCGGAUGAACAGGAGCAGCUGAAAGGCAGGUUGGAGAAAGUUGAAGCUUUGAACAAAACCUAUGAGAAGACUCUAAAAGAAAACGCCGGCCACAUGCUGACCGUCAUCGAGAAGAUGCAAAAAAUGGUAGAUCAGACGACGAGCCUCACAAGGACAAAGGACACGAAAGCAGAUAAAGACUAACAGUUUCUUCACAUGGCAAAGUCAACAGGGGCAUUUUAAAAAAACCUCCAAACCAACUUAUUUUCCAACUCUUUUGAAUCUCUCAUAGGGAAAUUUAAUGGAGUUGUACAUUUUGUUUGAUUUUCAAAACCUCAGAAUUGCUCGGCUUGGCGUUUCAGUCGCACGUUUGGCAAAAGUCUGAUUAUGUUUAAAAAGAAGAAGAAAAGAAUUAAAAUCAUGUUUGACCUGCACAGGUGUAUUAAAAUGGGGAUUUAAUGUCUUUAUAUUGUAUAAUUGUUUACUUUGUAUUUGUUUAAUCCCGUAAGUAGGAGAAUGAUAUUAAAAUUUGGAUUUUUUUAAGAUUUUUUUUUUUGUUUUCUUUGUGUAAAAAGAUGUAUUGCUGUGUGUAUAUUCGCCAUCAGUGCUGCUUAGACUGAAUGGUCCCUUGUUCCAUUUUUGGGGGUUAUUUUUUUCGUGUCUGAAAGUUGAACGGUCUGGAUAAAGGGACCACUGUUGUUGUCAGGAAUUGCUUGGACUACUGCAAUAACAAACCUACAGGAAAAAAAAACAACAAACAAGAAAAGAAAAAAAGAUAAACCUGACUCCCUUAAGUUUUCCCUUAAUUUAUGAGUCACUCAUUGUCACGUUUUCAGUUCUUGUGUGCACUCCUGUGAUCCAACAAUAAAAAAUGCCAUUGUGAA